UGCAGACGCCAGCAUGUCACCUGACGCCCCCAAGCAGAGCCACUGGUGCAACGUGGCGUACUGGGAGCACCGCACGCGCGUGGGCCGCCUCUACACCGUGUACGAGCACUCCGUCAGCAUCUUCUACGACCUACCUCAGGGCACGGGCUUCUGCCUGGGCCAGCUGGGCCUGGAGCGCCGCAGCAGCACGGUGCAGCGCACGCGCGGCAAGAUCGGCUACGGCCUCCUCCUCAGCAAGGAGGCGGACGGCGUGUGGGCGUACAACCGCAGCGAGCACCCCAUCUUCGUCAACUCGCCCACCCUGGACGUGCCCAACGGCAGGAGCCUGGUGGUGCGCAAGGUGAUGCCGGGGUUCUCCAUCAAGGUGUUCGACUACCAGCGCCUGUGUCUGCUGCGCCGCACGGCCGACGCCGAGCACCCGGACGGGCCCUACGACCCCAACAGCGUGCGCAUCAGCUUCGCCAAGGGCUGGGGGCCCUGCUACUCCAGACAGUUCAUCACUUCCUGCCCGUGCUGGCUGGAGAUCCUCCUCAAGCAACCACAGAUAACACGGACCCCCCACAGACCAUCCCAAAUAUCAUCUACCUAGAUUAAUAUAAAGUUUUAUAUAUUAUAUGAAAUAUAUAUAUUAUACUUGUAAAUACGGAGUCCUUUUUACAAUGUCAUUAUUUAUGUAUGGUGCAAUGUGUAUAUGGACAAGAGGAAAAAAAUGGAAAAUGCACUUUGGCUUAUAUAUAUUAUAUAUAUAAAUACAUAUAAAGAGAAAGGAAAUGUCAAUACCAACUUGAGAAAUGAUACGGCAAAAUGAGGAGGAGCCUGGAUUUGGUGUAUAGUUUUUAUAUACGAUUAAUAUCCAGACGAAAAGCUAACACCAUUCACACAUUGAUAAUAAAGU